AUCAUUAGUAAUACAUUCGUUUGCAUUGAAGAGCAUAACACCAUGUGCUGUUAGAGUUGAUUCUGUGACUGUGGAUGACUCUGCCCUAAAUGCAAAUAUUAGCAUUGUAGAUAAAACCAAUGGUAGUGAAUUGUAAAUGAGCCAGUUAGAAACUUUAUUAAAAGUCAAAGCCAGCCUACAGUGGAUGUUGUCUCUGGUUAAAGACAGACUGUGGUCAGUUUUUAUUAUUCUAAACAAUCUUCACAGAGGAACUACCUGACUGGCAUCACUGCUGGAGUCUGCAAUUCAGGGUUAUACUGAACGUAUGGACCUCCAAAACUGCAUUCUUCAUCUUUGAAAAUUAAACCCAGGAAUGGAAAUGUUUGGACUUAAACUCAAGAAGAAGAAAAAAGCAGAGAAGGGACUAGUGAUUUCAAACAAAGGUGCACAAGAUGCAGAUGCAGAUGAAACACAUGCGGCUCAAGCAACCACCGUCGUGGGUGAGCCUCAAGAUACCAGCUUGACUGUCCCUUCCAGCAGUGGUUCUAGCAAAGCCAGAGUAAAACAAAGAUCCAUUCCAGUAUUGAGAAUUAAUGACAGUGACAGCAAACACCAGACUUACCAGAUUGCUAUAAACAUCAUUGAGGCUCGGCAACUGAUUGGGGAAAACAUUGACCCGGGGGUGGUGAUUGAAGUUGGAGAUGAAAGAAAACAAUCUACAGUAAAAGAGGGAACAAACGCUCCAUUUUACAAUGAGUACUUUGUAUUUGAAUUCAUUGGUCCACAAGAAUUGCUCUUUGACAAGAUUAUUAGACUUUCUGUUAUGCAUUCUAAGAUUAUGCGCAGCUUCUUGAUUGGAUCUUUUAAACUGGAUGUGGGAACAGUUUAUGAGCAGCCAGGUCACCAAUUCUGCAAUAAGUGGGCAUUACUUACUGAUCCAAAUGAUAUUAGAACAGGUGUCAAAGGUUAUCUAAAAUGUGAUAUCAGUGUCAUUGGGAAAGGGGACACUAUACAGGCCACAGAGAAAGCCAGUGAUGCAGAGGAAAAAAUUGAAAAGAAUCUUCUGCUUCCCAAAGGGUUUCCAUCAGAAAGACCAUGGGCCAGGUUUUACAUCAAGGUCUACAGAGCAGAGGGCCUUCCCAGGAUGAACUCAAGCAUCAUGGCCAACAUGACAAAGGCAUUCAGGGGAGACGAUAAGGACCUUAUAGACCCAUAUGUGGUUGUUGCCUUUUCUGGUCAAAUGGGCCGAACAACUGUUCAGAAAAAUUCUGCUCAUCCGGUUUGGAAUGAGCAGAUUGUCUUCAAAGAAAUGUUCCCUCCUCUUUGUAGAAGAGUUAAAAUCCAGGUGUGGGAUGAAGGGAGCAUGAAUGAUGUGGCUGUAGGAACUCACUAUAUUGAUCUAAGAAAAAUCUCAAAUGAACAGGAUGGGGACAAAGGAUUCUUGCCAACCUUUGGCCCAGCAUGGAUCAAUCUCUAUGGUUCAGCCCGUAACUUCAGCCUAAUGGAUGACAGUCAAACCCUCAAUGAAGGUGUUGGUGAGGGUGUUUCCUUCAGGGGUCGUAUCCUGGUGGAAUUAGCCGUGGAGAUCCUUUCCGGAGCAGCAGCUGACUCAAAAUUAACUAAAAUAGCAAAAGAUCUGAAACUUCCACUUAAGGACUCAAAAAAUCCCAAAGGAAAAGAGGAGAAGGUACCUGCGGCAGGGGAGGAGGCAAAGACAGCAGCAAAUGAAAAGAUAGUCGCCAGCAGGACUGAAGUCAUUGCUAUUGAAUCCCCUCCGCAGAUCACAGAAGACAACAUGGAAAGUUUUCUUCUGUUUGGUGCAGUUUUUGAGGCAACAAUGAUUGACAGGAAGAUGGGAGACAAGUCCAUCAGCUUUGAGUUUACCAUAGGUAACUAUGGGAACAUCAUUGAUGGAGUGUGCCCUAUAAAUUCCAGUAAAAAGAAACUUCCCGAAUCUCACCACCCAGAAAGCUCUCCACUGCUACAUGCUGGGGAGGCUGCUGGAGAUCCUGCUGGGGACCAGGAUCCUGUGUCAUGCAAAUCCAUCACCAAAUCAGAGAAGCCAAUGAUAAUGGAUGGCAACAGAAAUUGCUGCUUUUUGCCAUUUCUUAACAAAAAGCCCUGUAUACACUUUGUGAGCCACUGGGAAGGUCACAUGUUCAGACUUUACUACUCAAACGUGUUGGAGAGAAUAGCGAAUACAUUUAGUGAAGGCUUAGAAGAAGUGAAAGAACUGGAGAGACUAUCAAAUCCCUCAGCAAAUGAACGGAUGCAGAGUGUUUUUGAAGAACUUGUCAACAGUAGCGGAAAAUUCAUUACUUUUGCUGAGAAGAAAGUAAAAAUGAAGGAUCUUACUGUUCUGGAUAAGAAGAGGCUUACUCUUUGCAAACAGGAGCUGGAAAGCAUGUCAAAAGAAGUGGUGUUAAUUAUGCAACAGCAAGGGAAGAGACUGACUUUGACCGAGUUGAUUCAAGUAUCCCAGAAUUACACCAAGAAACUGUUUUUUUUAGUGGAAGAGCCUCAGCACACUAUCCCGGAUGUAUUUGUCUGGAUGCUCAGCAACAACAAGAGAGUGGCUUAUGCUCGAAUUCCAGCCAAGGAUCUACUGUACUCUCAACUGGAACAUGAAAGGGGAAAGGACUGUGCAAAGAUUAAGACCAUUUUUUUCAAAAUACCUGGAAAGCGAGUCAUUGCUGUCCAAGCAAAGGUGGAUAUAUACAUGUGGCUGGGACAUUCUGAAGACUCCCAUGCUAUCCUGGAAAAUUUGCCUUCUGGAUAUGAACCAGAAUUUCUAACCAGUAGCCCUGGACAUCAUAACGUUCCUGAUAAUCUGAUAUAUAAAUCACAGCACAUGUUCCAGCUGAGAGCUCACAUGUACCAAGCCAGGGGAUUAAUCGCUGCAGACAGCACUGGACUCUCUGAUCCUUUUGCGAAAGUUUCAUUUGGGUCACAAAGCCAAUCCACAAUGAUUAUUAAUCAGACCCUGACCCCCACCUGGAACCAGAUGCUGCUUUUCAAUAACAUUCCCUUUCACGGUGAAGUAAAAGACAUUGCUUGGGACCCUCCCCUUAUUGUCAUAGAGCUCUAUGAUGAUGAUGCACUGGGUAAGGCAGAAUAUCUUGGCUCCACACUGGCUGUUCCUGAAGUGAAGCUGGCUGAGGAGCAUUACACCCCACCCCUGCUUCAAUAUUACCCAAUCUUUUGUGGGAGCAUGCUGGGUGGAGAGCUUCUUGCAGCCUUUGAAUUGCUACAGAUCCCUGAAUCUGAACCCGAAACACUUCCACCCAUCGAUGAGCCUGACGGCCAAAUCAUUCCAGUUCCUGCAAAUAUCCGUCCAGUCCUGAAAAGAUAUAGAGUGGAGACGCUGUUUUGGGGCUUGCGUGAGUUGAAGAAGGUCCAGCUCCUGUCUGUGGAUCGACCUCAGGUGUUUAUUGAAUGUGCAGGAAAAGGAGUCAGAUCUUGCGUCAUUCAAAGUUACAAGAGCAAUCCAAACUUCUCUGUCAUUGUGGAUGUCUUUGAAGUGGACAUACCAGAGAUUGAGCACCUACAUCCACCGCUUACCAUCAGUGUUGUUGAUUGGAGAGCAUUUGGUCACAGCACUCUGGUUGGGACUCAUGUUGUGAACUGUCUCAAACAGUUUUUCUACAAAGCCAAGGAGCUCCCCAGCAGCCCACGAAAACAAAUACCAGCAGCUAAAGAAGGAGUGAGAGAACAAGAGGAUGAAACAACUGUUAUUGAGGCAUCUCCCCCAGAAGAAAUCUAUGUCAAUAUAGAUCCACCACCAACACCAAAAACCCCACCAGUGACACAAGUGGGCUCCAAGGAUGGUAAAAGAACCUUGAGAAGGUCCACCAAGAGAAGAAAACGCACUGUUGCUGAUGAUUCUGCAGAAAACGUCAUUGACUGGUGGUCUAAAUACUAUGCAUCGAUGGAGAAAGCAAAACAAGAAAAGCAGAAAGAAGCAAGUUUACACCAGCAUGUCGGUGACAACGCUGCCAAGGAUGACGUUUUCAUAGUAACUCCUCUACAGAACUUACUCUCACAUGGAGUUGACUCCUUAGUGAGUGGAAGUCCUGACAUCUAUUCUUCAAUUGAAGCUGGUAAUAAGAAAAAUAAACUUGCCAAAAAGAAAGGACAGCUGCAGCAGCCAAACCUCACAACUCUGCAGAUAUAUAACAAAGAGUUGGAAGCCGUGUUCAACAACUUUGAUGACUGUGUGAAAACCUUUGAACUCUGUCGAGGAAAAGCAAAUGAAGAAGACAGUCUGCAGGAAGACAGAGCUGUGGGGAAAUUUAAGGGCAGAUUCUGUGUAUACAAGUGCACUGAUGAGAGUGAUGGUGGUGACGAUGAUGACGAUGAGAGCAGUUCUGGUGCAGGCCAGUUCAGAAUUCUACAAGGAAUGCCACCCAACCAUGCCAUCAAAGUCUUGAUAAGGGUCUACAUUGUGUCAGCUUUCAACCUUCAUCCAGCAGAUCCAGAUGGUAAAUCUGAUCCUUAUAUUGUACUACAACUGGGAAAAACUCAAAUCAAGGACCGAGAUAACUAUAUCCCCAAGCAGCUGAAUCCUGUGUUUGGAAGGUCAUUUGAGAUCCAAGCUACGUUCCCUAUGGAGUCUUUGCUUUCCAUAGUAAUAAAAGACUAUGAUAUGAUUGGAUCAGAUGACGUAAUUGGGGAAACUAAGAUAGAUCUGGAAAACAGAUUCUACAGUCGACACAGAGCAACGUGUGGCCUAUCAAGCGAGUAUGCCAUUGACGGCUACAAUGCAUGGCGGGAUUCACUAAAACCCACGGAAUUACUAACCAAGCUCUGUAAAGAUCAUCAGUUGAAUGGACCCCAUUUACAGCCUGGGAAGAUUUGCAUCGGAGAUCAAGUCUUUACUGGAAAAACGGUCUUUGAGGAAGAUGAUGAAAAGGUGGAAUCUUAUGAGCAUCUUGCCCUAAACGUUUUACAUCGCUGGUCAGAAAUUCCUGCUGCUGGAUACAGGCUGGUUCCAGAACAUAUUGAGACAAGGACACUCUACCAUAAGGACAAGCCAGGCAUGGAACAGGGUCAGUUGCAGAUGUGGGUGGAUAUGUUCCCAAUGGACAUGCCUCCCCCAGGACCUCCUGUUGACAUAUCUCCACGAAAGCCUAAAGGAUAUGAGUUGAGGAUAAUAAUUUGGAACACUGAAGACGUCAUCUUAGAAGAUGAAAACUUUAUUACAGGCCAGCAGUCAAGUGACAUUUAUGUAAAAGGGUGGCUAAAAGGUCUGGAAGAUGACAAGCAGGAGACUGAUGUGCACUAUAACUCGCUGACUGGAGAAGGAAACUUUAACUGGCGUUUUGUCUUCCCCUUCAACUAUUUGCCUGCAGAGAAACUACUGGUUGUGAACAAAAGGGACAAUAUCUUCUCUUUGGACAAGACUGAACGCAAGCUUCCAGCAGAGCUUGUUCUCCAAGUUUGGGAUUUUGAAAGACUUUCUUCUGAUGACUUUUUGGGGGCCAUUGAACUGGACCUGCAUGGGUUCAGUCGAGGUGUAAAGUCAGCAAAAGCUUGCAACCUGGAUAUGAUAAAUAAAGCUGAAAAAAUCUCAAUUUUCCAGCAAAAACGUGUCAGAGGCUGGUGGCCCUUUGCCAAAUCUGGUGAACUUACGGGAAAGGUGGAAGCAGAGUUCCACUUGUUACAUGCUGAAGAGGCUCAGAAAUCCCCUGUUGGCAAGGCAAGAAAAGAACCAGAACCACUUGAGAAACCUAACCGCCCAGACACUUCAUUCUCCUGGUUCGUCAAUCCUUUUAAGUGUUUCUUUCACUUAAUCUGGAGAAAUUACAAGAAAUAUAUUAUCAUAGCUUUUAUCUUGCUUAUAUUAGCUUUAUUCAUUCUGUUGCUCCUUUACACUCUGCCUGGUGCAGUCUCCAACAGAAUCGUAAAUGGAUAGAUUCUGCUCACAUAGGCUUCAGACUCAUGAAUCAGGAUGGAUUCACAUGAAGAAUGUACUACUGCAACGUUUAUAUGGAUUUCUUGAUUUUAUAAGUUGCUAAUUUUCUUAAAAAUCACAUGUUUUGUUAACUAAAUUUAAGAUGAUUAAAAAUGCUUUUUUUUUUAGAUGUCUUUUAUCUGCACAUUACACUGUGUUAAAAUAAUUUACAUAUGGCCAAUAGAUGCAUAGGGCUCUAUUUUGCACGGUGAUGUCAUGAUGCAAUUACAUUACAAUUACAUUACAAGUCAUGAAUUAUUAAGUUUGCUAAGGUCAAAAAUUAUGCUUUUGAUAAUUACAUUUUAUUCUCAUAUUGCAUGUCCCUUAUACUGCAAUGUUUAACUGAAUGAACUUUUGGUAUGAAGCGUUUUGGUACAUAAUAGGACCAUUGAUCUCUGUCAAUUUGAUCAAUUUGAAAAGUAUGCUCAAUUUAUCACAUGAUUCAGCACUACAGGUGGGUUGACAUUUAAGUAAUUUAAUAAACCGUAUUGAAAAUAUGGCUUGGUUCAAUAACCCAGGAGUUUUAAACGUAUUGUCAGGGGUGUAGUGGGGCCAGAGCAGACUUUUUCUUGUGAUAGCUACAGAACUAAUAAAAAUAAUGGAAGCAUCGUCUUUAAAGUGUCAUUAAAUAUAUACAAGAAAGUUUGAUAUUAGGACCUAUUAAAUGCAAAUUCCAAAAUAAAAUAUUGACUUUGUCAGAGCGCUCCCACAAAAAAAAAAGUACCAGUCCAGCCUGGCACCACAGGACAGGAAGUUAGCCAAGUCUGUUGUUCUGUUCUGCAAUAUGCAUUGUAAGCCAGAGUACAGUAUACAUACAUUAGUGUUAGUGCCAUCCAC